GUCACUGGAGUUGACAGAUUUACAUCUGAACUAUGUUCCACUGAGAUAACACCCUGAGUAUGUGACAGUUCACAUGGAUUAUUUGAGGACAUAUUUUCGGCACUAAGAUUGUCCUUUUCCUAUACCAGGAUCUUUCACGAGGGGCCAGGGGUUGUACUUCUAAAGCCUAGAGAUGUGUGGGAGUGAGUUUCCAUACCAGUGAAGCCAUAUUCUGGAAGUUCCUUUGGGCUGAAUGUGGGGGCACAGCCUUGGUCUGAGGAUCAGGGCUCCCCACAGAGACUAAUGAUGGGCCCCUAUUCAUCCUAAUGAGUGUAGCUCGUCAGGCUUGGCUUUUCACUUUGAAUUGAAAUGAGCCUUCACCAUCUCAAACCAAAGACGUAUUCCAAGAGGGCACAGAGUGCAAUAUUAUUUGGUGACAUGGUGAAUGAAUUAAAGUAGACAAGUAAAAAGACAGCCCCGAUUGCAGGGAGCUUGGCCAGAAGCAAGAGUUCAAUGUUUCUUCAACCCUAAAUGGGGCCUUCAUUCAUUUCCCUGUUGUGUUGUUAGUCUGUGCUUUUAGCGGGGACAUUCCAACAUAGGCCAUCAUGUGUGCUGGAAGAAUAAAUGGCAAAAAUUCAGGACCGUGGCUACUGGACAAUGUAUAUAUCUCUCCCAUCUUAGGAAGCUAGAAGAGAAACUGUAUGAAUUGAAUGCAACUAAGAAUGAGCUGUUAGCUGCCGAUAAAUAUCUGAAAGUAACUGAAGAAGAAAUGGAGAAGUACAGACAAGAAGUGGAAGAAAUGCGGGAAGAGCUGCAGGAGUCUAACCUCACCUUCAACCACAAGAUCGCAGUUCAAGAGAGGAAUGCUCUGGUUAACUGGAUGAAGGCUCGGUAUUGGGAAACAAGGAUGAUGCAGCAGAGCAGGGAGAACGCCUACCUGAAAUCCAGACUGCGCAUGAUGCAAAGGGAGAUGCUGCCUGUGGGAUCCGUGAGGCGGGAACUGAUGCCGGGAAGGCCUGAGUUGCAGAAGCCUGUGUGGCAAGCAUCUAGAGUGGUUCCCAGGAUGAACAGCAGCACUAGCCCUCAACGGGACCCAGAGAUGCAUAAGGUCGCUAGAGGUGUGAGAGAGUUCCCUCAUUGCCCAGGGCUCCUCCAUAUGCCCUACCACAUGGGGUGGAAUGUACCAGACUUCCCUCCUCCUCGUCCACCUCCACAGUGGUCGACAUGGGGGCCUCGGCCGCACCUCGUUCCUCCACCACAUGGCCUUCGGUCCCAAUCAGAAGCCUGUGGAGCUCAAGGGGACAAUAGCAGCACCAUGCCCGAGAAGGUCCCAGAGAAGAACCAAGGUAAUCAUUUUGUAAUCUGAAGACUUCCUUGACCUCCAACAACCAGGCUCCAAUGAGUUUAUAUCUAGUCAAGAUAUGAAUGUUUCUUCCUGGUGGUCUGAAUGCUUUCCCUGCCCAUCCUGUACCCUGUGCUUUGUCUCUCCUGGUAUCUCCCCAAUAAACUGUUCACAUUUCUGUCUCUGUGUCAGCAUCUCCCUUCAGGGGGACCUACAGUCCCUCUCCUUCAAGGGCACAGGGUGAAGCCUUCAGACAGAUAACACCCUGGCAGCCGUGGGGAAUGGAGGAUAGAGCAAGAUUACCCUUCGUGGUACUUCUACUGCAAGGGACCCCAGGAACCUUUCUGGGGAGGGGGCCCAGGUUGAAUUUAGAUCUGAUGGUGUUUGUAUUAACUCUGGUGACAGAUCCUCUUGAGCACAUGGCACCUGCUUGUUUAGGGGGGUAGUGAUCAGCAGGACAGGUGGCUGUCCCUAGGCAGUGGUCUACUGUGACAGUGAGCAGAGAAUGAAGUGUCUUGUGAGGCCCUGAGAGCCUGGUGAGGAGGCCCUGCAUUAAACCAGGUUUUGUGCAGGGUUUUCACCUAACCAGCUGCCCCCCAACCACAGGGGGGCCUUGAGUGGAGCUGAUGGUGGCAGUGUUUGUGGUAAGACCCAUGAUGCCCCACAGUCCUCCCACAGUUUCCCUUUUGAGGGAUGGGCAGGGCAGAGGUCCCUGACAGGAGACCCAUCCCUUCCUCAGCAGCAGGAGGAUUUGGGUGUGUAUGCUUCUGUCCCCUUUUAGGCCCUUUUUUCCCAAUCCCUUCUGCAGCAGAGCUGCUGGAUCCUGCAAAGCCCUCCUUCUUCCCAGGUCAUGGGAUCCAGCUCCAUUCUCACUGCCCCAGGAUAGAGAGCCAGAGCUGUAUUUCCAGCCGGUUCACCCGAUGCCCUGGGGAGACCCUGGGGCCUUUGCAGUAACUUCCUGCCUCCUGAGGUGUGACAGAGAAGCUGCCUUGUUGGCUGAGUGCUGAGUAGGGGGCUCUGGGAGCUUCCCCAGAACAUGCUGGUAGGUGAGAAAGUACAGGCGAUGACAUAUUGGGGCUCUUCCCAGGGUUUGGUCUUCAUUGUCCCUGAGGACAUUUGAAGACCCUAUUUUACUCAGGGGUCUCUGGAUUGAGAGGUCACGGGACACUGCAACAGAAAUACUGUGGUUGGUUUUUUACCAAUGCCGACUUCUUUCUGGGGAGAAAUCUUGACUCAGCUUCAGAGAAACUGGAGCUACAUUGGGUUGGGCCAGGAAUGCAAGAACCAUUGACCUUCAGGACCUUCUAGAAGGAGGAG